AUGCUUGUAUUAAUUCUAAUCUCAUUUCUAUUAUUAUUAACAUGUGAAUCUGGAUUUAUAUUAUGUAAUGGUAUGUUACUAAUAAGUUCAUCAUCAUGGCAAAUAUUUAUGGCUAGUUUGAAGAAUACAAUGAGCUUUCUUAGUUUUUUAAACACAACCGCGCUAAAUAUCAAAGAACUAUUAGGUUGA